GUCAUCACAAAUUACAAACAAACAUGGCGUCGCUCGGAAGCGGGACAGCCUGCCUGACGGCUUUUGCGCUAACUGCGGCGCUGUUAGCGGUAUUUUCUGUGACAGGGCCGCGCGGACCCGGGCCGGUCCUGUGUCUGACUGGUGUCACCGUGCUGGCGUUGCUGUGGGUGCGGAGCUUGCGGCAGCGGGACGGUGGGACUGAGCGGCGGGUGUGUGUGCUGGUGCUGGGGGACAUCGGUCGCAGUCCACGGAUGCAGUAUCACGCCUUGUCCCUCAGCAAACACGGAUAUAACGUGACUUUUGUCGGGUUUGUAGACACCAAACCUCAUCCAGAUGUGCUGAGAGAGGAGAACAUCAGGAUAGUGCCCAUAGCAGAGGUGAAAGGUGUGCGAGUGGGACCGAAGCUCCUCACGUAUGUGACGAAGGUGCUGCUUCAGUGUCUGCAGCUGCUUCUCGUGCUGCUGAGGACGGAGCUGCAGUCUCAUGUUCUGCUGCAGAAUCCCCCUGGUCUGCCCGGUAUCGCAGUGGCCUGGUUCGUGUGCGUCCUGCGUGGCAGCGACUUCAUCAUCGACUGGCACAACUACGGCUACACCAUCAUGGCCCUGAGUCACGGCCAGAGACACCCGGUGGUGCGACUGGCCAAGUGGUAUGAGCACGUCUUCGGGCCUUUGGCAUCUCACAACCUGUGUGUUACCAAAGCGAUGAAGGACGACCUGCAGAAAAACUGGGGCAUCAAGGCGACGACUCUAUACGACAGACCAGCCUCCAUCUUCAGAGAGACUCCAGUGAAGCUGCAGCACGAGCUCUUCGUGAGACUGGCCAACACGUAUCCUCAGUUCCAGCACAGAGGGUCUGAGGGUGAGGUGGAGGUGGAGAGGACAAUCUUCUCAGUUCGUGAUCUCACUGAUAACUCUGUGACUUUGAGGACAGAGCGACCGGCGCUGCUGCUCAGCAGCACCAGCUGGACAGAGGAUGAGGAUUUCUCCAUCCUGCUGAAGGCUCUGGAAGAGUACGAAGGUUUUAUUAAAGAAGGAGCUUCGUUACCAUCUUUGGUCUGUGUGAUCACAGGUAAAGGUCCUCAGAAACAACACUACAGGAAGCUGAUAGACUCUUUGCAUUUAGAACAUGUGCAGAUCUGCACUCCCUGGCUGGAGGCAGAAGACUAUCCAGUUUUAUUAGGUUCAGCAGACCUGGGCGUUUGUCUCCACAAGUCAUCCAGCGGACUGGACCUGCCCAUGAAGGUGGUGGACAUGUUCGGCUGCUGUCUGCCCGUCUGUGCUAUCCACUUCGACUGUUUACAUGAGCUGGUGAAACACGGGGAGAACGGGCUGAUCUUCAGAGACUCUCAGGAGCUCGCUGAGCAGCUGAAGUCUCUCCUGUCAGAGUUUCCCAGUUCAGAGGGGAGACUGGGUUUGUUCAGGAGGAACCUCCGCACCAGCAGAGGGCAGCGCUGGGACGACAACUGGGACCAGAACGUCCUGCCUCUCAUUGCUGCUCCGAGAUAAACACCGGGUUCGGUUUUUUUAAGGACCAAUACCUAAAAUGUUGUUGUUGGCUGAAGGGCAGGGAGGUGGUGUUAGAAUAUCUGGAGGAGCUUGUUUGUUUACGGUCUCGUAGUGUGAAGGUGGAGGAUUCAGAGCAGAGAACUUGAAUGUAUAAAAGAAACUUUGAUACGACGUAUGUUUGUAAAUAAAAUCUUUAUUGUUUCAUCUG